AUGAUGGGAAUGCCUCAGUAUGCUUACAUAGCACACCGAAGCACACUCGAAGCAAUCUCGCGGGUUGCGGAGCAUUGUGCUAUGGUCCGCACUCUUGUUCGCAAGCAGGCCCUCACCAUCUGGGACAAGUAUCAGGGCGCUGUACGCUCCCCCUGUGUGGGGGGGGCUCAACUUAGCAUUGAUCUGUCGAAAGCAUUCGACUUGCUCCCGCGGCAGGUUUUGCAUGAGAUCCUACAAAGCACAGAUCUGCAGCCCGAGGAACGGCAGAUCUUGUUAGAUUGGCACCAGCUUGGCAAAUACCGCAUCAAAAGCCGUGGAAGCGCAAGCGAGGCUUACGUGGACAUCAAGUGCGGAGUGCGUCAAGGAUGCGUGUUGUCACCCACUUUGUGGGGGUUGUUUACCCGAGUCAUCCAGCAACACCUUGAUCAGGAGUUGGGGGUGCAAUGGACAGCACAAAAAGGCACAUUCUUCGCAGAUGAUAUGCACUUUAAGUGGUUUUUCAAAGCUGUGGCUGAACUGCAUCAGGUACGCACCGAGGUGCUUUGUAUUUUCCGGGUGCUGCGCUCUCUUGGCAUGAAGGCCAAUGCUGAGAAGAGCAAAUUCAUCAUUUCUGCCCGGGGACAGCAGGCCAGCAAGUGGAUGAAACGCUGGAUCCGCAAAGACACGGAAGGCGUUAAGCACCUCUUCUUCGGAGGCGCCAAAACCGAUAAAAUCCCCGUGGCGACCCACUUUACAUACCUAGGCGUAGUCCUUUCCUACAACAACUUCGAACUUGCUACGGUCAGGCAUAGAAUCGGAGUAGCAGCUGGCCAUCGGGAACGGCUGCGAAAAGUUUUGCGUGCACAUCGGGUUCUUAGUGUAGGGCAUCGGCUUCGCUUAUGGCGCAUCAUGAUACAGACCUCGCAACUCUAUGCCAUAGAAGCUGUUGGCCUCACUGCAGAGGCGGCCAAGCUUCUCCACGUACAGACCAUGAGGCACCUUCGGGCCAUUAUCGGCUCGGCUCGGCAUGUUGACGGCGAUUCAGAUCAGCUUUUCAUGCUCAAAAACCAUUUGCCUGAUUGCGUGGAGCUAGUGCGAGCUCGCUGUGACACUCUUUGCGAUAGACUGGCCGGCACCCCGCCAGAAGUGCCCUGUUAUGAUGCCGCGGCAAUUUUGCAGUGGGCCACCCAGGUUCGUGAUUCACUUCCUGAGCCAUAUGUGGCCAAGAGCCGGAAGCCGUUACCACGGCCAGUGUCUCAACCACCAGCAGAUCCAUCAAGCACAGCUGCAGGCCCGGCGACCCACCUGAACAACACAGUGGAGACUGCUCCGCCGCCUAGGUCUGGGCCCGACCUAGCUGACCCCUCUGUGGACAGGGAUGCUGAGUUGAGCUUACAAGCAAACCCGACCGCGACAUCCACAUUUGUGUGCUCCCAGUGUUCCCAGGUCUUUCCCAACCUGCACGACCUGAAAACCCACGAAGGCAGGGCGCAUAAGAUCGUUCGGGACAAAGUUGCGGUUCAGCAGGUAGUGCAUGGAUACAACGGCUUUCCGGUUUGCCGUCACUGCGGUGCCCAGUUCUCCAAAUGGGCGAGUCUUGUACGGCACGUGGCCAGGCAAGGGUGUCCUGCUAUUGAACGUGGUGAGCUGGAGGCCUAUGCUAAAUCCCAGAGUGAGCCGGAAGUGCAGCCGCAUAUUGCAAGACCGAUUGUCCGGGACACCAUUGUGCAAAAGGGAUGGGAAGCUCUGCUCGAACAUUGUGAUUUAUGCGUUGAACUCAAGCAGCGAUGUGCCUUGUGCUUUCAGUGGUUUUCAUCGGCCAAUGCGGUGCGCAAACAUCUUCGGGACCAGCAUAGUACAGACUUCCGAGCGCAUGCAGAGGCCAUUGACAAGCAGACAGCACAUUGGAAAUCGUACAUUACAUCCCCUUGUCAAGUGUGCUCCUCGGUGAUCGUCGAUCGCAAGCAACAUGCAGGCCAGUGCAUCCCUUUGCUUCAGCUGAUGCUUAUGUCUUGCGUGUUAGUGGGUCAUUGCACCUCCCGUGUGGGUCCGGCAGGAUCCUCUGAAGCAGGAACAGGAGCUGUGGGCCGAUCUGCUUCCCUCUCUGCCAGAGGGGAUGGAGGCACUGUCAAAGGCAGCUCAGGAAUGGGACAUGGAGAAAAGCAAAAGGCGAAGGACCGAGGACAGUCAGGACAAUCACGACUCAGCUUCGGCAAACAAGGACAAGAACAACAACAAAGGCAAAGGCAAGGGGAAGGGCAAGGGCAAGGCACACUUGGGCUAGUGGACCACAGCAACUGCGUGCAACUGGACACCAGUUUUCUCAUGACCAUGAAGAACAAAAAGGGACCAGAGAAUUUGCCUCCAGUGAUGUACUCGGUGUGGGCCCGCUGGAAAAAGAUCCAAGCGGAAACGCCAAGCAAACUGGACAAGCCUCUUCGCAGCAGCAUGCUGAUUGCGCUCUUGACCGAAAUGAAGACGAGGGCCGAGAAGCUGAUGAAGGACGACAAGCAGCAGGAACGCCUUCGGAGCUUGGAAUGGAUCGAUGCGGAUGGGAGGUGGGUGUAUCGCAAAUGGUCUCCAACUCAGGAGGCCUUAUACUUGGAUACCACCCGCAAACCUGUGACACAGGAGGUCUUCGUGGGACAGCUCACCCAGGCCUUGGAACUGCUCGUCAAUCCGAACAAUCUGACCAGGUUCCAGGCGAUGCGCGAGCUCACGCCAGAGAUGAAGGGGUACUCGGUGGCAUUCGAUGUGGCAGUGGGGCUACGGGCGGAAGCGGAGCCUCUCCACCGAUUCUUCAUGGAGUGGACGGACCUCCAGGCUUGGGCGUUGGGGGCCAUUCGCACUCGCCAGCAUCGCUUCAAGCGCCCACCGGCAGCCCAGCUGGCCAAUCCCAACAACCAGUGCUACAUUAAUGCCACCGUGCUUGCAUGUGGAUUCUGGUUUGCUCCCAAGCUGGCUAUGGCAGGUGAUAACAUGUUUCUGCGAGCAUUGGCGUCUUUACAAGGCCUGGGCUUUAGCAAGGAGCAUAACAUCUUACACUUGUUUGCUUGGAGGCCGCUUUUUGUGGGAUGGAGCAGGCCAAGCUCCCAGCAUGAUGCAUCGGAGCUUUUGGUACAUCUAACCUGCAAAGGAAGCACUGUUCCUUGGGUCAGCCGCUGGCAAGCUGGUGCAUGGCUUGGUGAUGCUUUUGAGUUGGAGGACUCUGGGUCAGGGAUUAUUGCUAUGCCGAUUCCUGCCGGUUUCUCAGGUGGAGCCGGUGAUGAGCGAUGCACUCUGAGGGAGUGUGUCGCGACUUGGCACAGCAAGCCUUCACGAAUCUGGGCGAACAAAACGUGCUACUCCUGCAUUCACGAGUUUGAGACACGUGUCUGCAUCGUGCUACAGCGCUUCCAAGUCCUGGAUACAACGGUUCAGAAGUGCCAACUGCCGGUGCAGGUCGACGCCGAAUGUGAUCUGCCAAUGUUUCGAGCUGGCUCCAUUGCUUGGGUGACCUUCAAGGCCCGUGCUGUUACUUACCACAUUGGGGAUGCUCCUACAUCGGGGCACUAUCGCAGCAUUCUUUUCCAUGAUGAUGGGCCACUUCGGAGUGCCGUACACCCGGAGGGUCUUCCGGACCUUGCGGGUACUGCGAGCCUGGCUUUGGAGUACCAAGUGGAUGAAACCUUGGGCCACUCGUCUGCUAUCCACACACCCUUUGCCGUCUAUGCAUGCUCUCUGCGACGGGCAGCACGCUCACAAGUCAUGGGGCGUCACCCGGAGAGCCGGGCGCUGGGACUUUCAGACCAGUGGGACGUGGUUUCGGAUAUCUUUGCAGUAGCUGCAGCUGUGGGCCGACAGCCACGUGGCGUCACUCAUCAGGCGUCCAAGACCCGACAUCCCUUCGAUGUGCCAUCGAACUUCGACAUGGGCAACAUUCAGGAAGAGGCCCUCAGAGCUACUAUGGAUCCAGAGGAUCGAAAAGUGAUGGAAGGCAAGAACUUCCUCCUCUUUCAAGAGAUACCCCGCGAUAUGGCCAAUUUCCUAGGAAGCUCAGGCCGGCUGGUAUCGAUGUUUCUCACUCUUUUGAAGGCGACGGCCCGAUGGUCUAAGCACCUGGUCGAGGCUUCGUGUCGGAGAGCCGUGCAAGACCAGGAGAUCGCCAAGGCUGUGUGGUCCGAGACCAUGGAGCAAGUGGAGAAGUCCUGGCUCAAAGGACCGUUCAGCUGGGAGGAGAUCGACAAGAAAUAUCAGGGCUGCUGGGUUCCGUCGAAGCGCUUUGGGGUCGCUCAGGCGGACAAGGUGCGGAGCGUGGACGACUUCUUCCUUGGCACGUUUUUUCAUUGGUGCUACAACGGCUGGGGUGUCGUCCUUCAAGCUUCCAUCCUCCUCGGGAGAGUGGACCACUGGAAAGGUUCACCCGGAUUGGAGAGCCGCGAGGGCCCGGCGUCUUUCGGGCGUGCCCUGGACUUGAAAGCGGCCUACAAGCAGCUCGCUCGCCACCCGGAUGACGGGUGGGUGUCGGUGUUGGCCGUUCUUGACCCCAACAAGGAUGUGGUUCAUUAUUUUGAGGCGGUGGCGCUGCCGUUCGGCGCGGUGAGCGCUGUGACCGGGUUUAACCGUACCGCUCGGGCUUUGAGGAAGGUGCUGACCAAUCUUUUCUUCCUGAUCACUACGAACUUUUACGACGAUUACUGCCAAAUGGAGUUGGAGCCUUUGCGGGAUUCGGCACGCGAGAUCGCCGAAGCCGUGCUGGACUUGCUUGGAUGGAAGAUUGCGCAGGGCAUCAAGGCGCUGCCUUUUUCGCAGUCCUUCAACAUGCUGGGGGCUUGCAUUUCCUUUGAGAACGCUUACAAGGGUGAAGUCGUAGUCCGAAACAAGGAAGGAAGACUUGAAGCCAUCGAAGAGGUCGUGAAUCAGUGCCUAGCGAAACGCCGGUGUGAUCCAAAGGCUAUUCUCUCGAUCAAGGGCAAGCUGUUAUUCGCCGCUGGGAAUGUUUUUGGCAAGUGUGCUCAGAUUGCAACCCAGCUUAUCUCGCAAUGUGGGAGCGAGGGCUUUCGCAUGGGCCGCGAGAGGACCGACGAGCUUCUGGUUGCACUUCAGUUUGCCUUGAACACUCUCAAAUCUUCGGGAGCACGAUGCGUUGGUGCCUGGAGUCAGCAGCCCCCGGUCCUUGUGUUCACAGACGGGGCUUGUGAACAGGAGGGCUCUCUUGUGACUCACGGUGCUCUCCUCUACGAUCCUGUCUCGGGUCGCAAGGAGGUCUUUGGCGAUCAUAUCCCAGGGUCGCUUGUGGCUGCUUGGAAACGCGGGGGCCCGAAGCAGGUGAUUUACUUCGCUGAGAUUUUCCCUGUGGUUGUGGCCAAGGCCACUUGGAAGGAUGUGAUUGUGAAUGCUACUUCGCUGCUGAUGCAGUCUGCUAAACUGGAUGUGGAGUCGAGGGCACUGGGAUGGUACAGUCGCGUCCCGUCAAAGAAUGCCCUGGGAGCGCGGGGCGAUGAGAGCAGUGUUUUCGCAGAGCGACCUGAGUUCACUUUCCCAGUGCAGUGUGCCAGCCAGCCCCUCUGCAGACGGAAAUUUCAGAAGCCCCAAGAAACUGAGGAGCAACAGUUGCAGUUGCUUGCAACGAGAUACGAUAUCCUCUUGAGUCAUGCAUACGAAUGCUCUUCCCUUGGCAGACUGUUGAAGGACAAGUGCGAAACAGAUCGGGUCAGUCUUGUUGCCGAAGCCCUGGGUGGCAAGGCUCUCUCGACUUUGAAAAAGCGGUUGUCCAGUCUCGCCCGCCUGGUGGGAUGGUGCUCGAACCAAGGCAUGUCAGCUUUCCCGAUUGACUCUCAGGUGUUGAUUGAGUACACCCAGCAUUUGCAGCAGAGUGGUGCCUCGCAUUCUGUGUUCGGAUCUUGCAUUGAAGCGUGCAACUUCGCUAGAUUCAUCUUGGGUGUGGAUGCCACUGGUGAGCCUCAUAAGCACCCACUUGUGCAAGGGCGACUUCGCAAGGUGCGGUUCAACCGUCCGCCUCGUGUGCAGGCGAGGCCUUUCCAGGUUCGAGAGGUGGCAUACCUUGAGGCUUUUGUCCAGGACAGCCGCCGUGAUGCAAGGGAUAGGUAUGCUGCAGGUGCUUGCUUGUUUUGCAUUCACUCGCGAGCCCGUGUAGGGGAUGUGAGGGCAGUCAAAGCAAUGUUCAUCGAUUUUGCAGAGGGUGAAGGUUUCCUUGAGUGCAUCUCGACGUCGCACAAGUGUGCCUCGACAGGUAACCCGUUGGGGCUCGAGUUGAGCCUAGUGGCCCCCGAGCGGGGUGUGGGUCAAGGUCUUUGGGCCAAAGCUUGGGUUGAGGUGUGGCGCCUGUCGGGCCACCCAGUCGCCACCGGAUCCUGCAGCCUGCCUUUGCUGCAGUCGCCUAUGCUCAAUGGGUCUUGGAGUGGUCGCCGGAUUCCGACGGGCAGGUUUGUGACCUGGAUUUCUUCGAUCCUCAAGUCUGGGGAUGAGAGCAUGGGGUUUGAUCUCAAGGGUCAUUCGUGCAAGCAUACUGCACUGUCGUGGGCAAGCAAGACGGACAUGUCCAAGGACUCCUGCACCAUCUUGGGGCACCACUCGUUGAAAGAUAGACGAUCGGUCGUGACCUACUCCAGGGACAUUCAAGCUGGGCCAUUGCGAGAGCUGUGUCAGAUGUACUGUGACAUUCGGUGUGGCAGGUAUCUCCCAGACAUGACCAGGCCUGGCUCAGCUUGUGACUCAGAAGCCCUUCCUUGUGCGAAUGCUUUUGCUUCCGAGCCUGGCCUCAGCGAUCAAAGGGAUGCCAGUGACGAUGACACCCCUUUCGGUCGCGCUGUGGACUCCCUAAUCCAUAGUGCAGAGCGUGCUGCGUGGGAAGAUCCGGAUGCUGCUUUCGAGGACGAUAGGUCUCAGGGGGAGGAGCCAGACUCCUCGUCGUCCAGCGAGUCUAGUUCCGAUUCAGGCUCGUCCGACAGCGAGAUAGAUGAAGUCCUGACUGCGAGUCAAGCAGACCCCCCGGUGGGGCAGAGGUAUCAUGAUCGGUGCCCUGUCUAUCAGCAGAAGAACACCAGGACUCUUCAUCUUAAGCCUGCGGGAAGCUCCAUGGAGCGUUUCAUAUGUGGCCGAGAUAUCACGGCGGCUUUCGAAGAAAGGGCCAAGGAAUGUGGGCUGACGCAAGCUGAGCUUGAUGUGCUCGUGCGUAAGGGUUUGACAUCCUUGUCGCUCCUUGCCUUCAGUGUCUCGACCCCGGGCGAAGUACCGCAGGAGGCUGAGCUCAGGUCCAUCCUUGAUCCCGCGGACCCCACGACUGUGCCGUUGCGUGCACUGUCGGCGCUGCGGCGCCUCAUGUUUGAGGCUCAAACUCUGUCCAUUGCACAGCUUAAAAGCUCGAUUGAGGGUGAAGGUGAAAAGAAAGCGGAGUUGGCCCCUGCUGAGAGGACGAAUCGUAUAACCGAUCAGCGGAAAAGGCUCGUGGGGCUCAGCUUGACUGGUCCUUUGGAAAACGCUUUCAGCAAUUACACUUAUGUCGCCCAGGUCGUUGAUCAAGAUUGCCUGUCCUAUUUGGAGCCCCACAGGUUCCUAACCAGGGCCAUGGAGGUGAAUCGAGAAAAGCCAGGGAAAGAGUUGAUCUUAGAUGAGGGCUCGCGCAUGAGUAUCCGCGACAAGGCCCACAAAGAUAAGUGUGGCAUUCAGAAUGAGUUGCAGCUAUCCGAAGCCCUGUGUCGCAGGGCACUUGCUUGCGACCUUCUGCAGCUUUGCACUUUUGCCUCCAUGGACUUGUGGCACAGGCAUCUGCUUGCCAAGCUAUCGGAGCAGCCGCCUCCAUACUAUGCUAAGGUUUCGAUGGAGCAACUGCUCAGGUGCGACAAGGCGGCAUGGGUACGCAUGAGUGAGCUCUUGACUUCUCUGAAGAAAGAUGACGCGGGAAACCUGCCAAUGGAUGCUGCUCUGGACAAGCUUCAGUACGAUCCAAAAAUCAUGAUGCAUCUGGCCCCGCUUCCUGGGGCUAAGUGGAAGGGCGAUGGAAAGGGCGACAAGGGCACAAAGCGUGAUGCCGAUGGCAAGCCGAAGUUGCCUCCUCACCGACCCGGUAAAGGUGCAGGUAAGGGAAAGUGUCCUGAAGCGUUAUCCGACUCCGGCUUGAAGCACAACUGUGUUUUCCGACAUGGGGGCGUCGUUGGCCUCACAAACACCUGUCGCUCUUUUCCUCAAUCGGUCAUUUUGGCCAUCUCUUGGGCCGUGCAGCACGGCGGGCCCAAGUUGACAGAUUUCACAUUUUGCUCGAUUUCCUUGAAUCUUAACGUCAAGACUGAGGUUCACCGUGAUGUGAACAACGAUGAUGCUGACAACCUUGUGCUGGGUGUCACCGACUUUUCAGGUGGGCACAUAUGGGUUCAAUCCGAGUCGGGCAGCCAUGCACUACCCGUCAAUGGUUCCCUGGUCCCUGGGGACUUGUAUGAUGUUGCAGCGGCCCCAGUGCGGUUCUAUGCACGAAAACGUUUGCAUUGCACAAUGCCUUGGACGGGGGAUAGACUAGUCCUCAUCCUGUUUUCGGGCGGAGAUGCAACUCAGCUGCCCAGCCUUGACUUUGAGCAUCUUAAAUCCUUAGGGUUUAGGCCCUCGGUCUCCGCGUCAACCGUCAACCCUCCGUUGGCGUAUGUCCCACCGCCUGCCGGAGCCUUGGAACCCUUGCUUUCUAAGGUUUCUGAUAAAGUCAAAGGAGUGCCUCUUGAUAGUCUCAUGUUCCUCGAUGUGUUCUGUGGUUCGGGGGGCCUCUGUGCUGCUUUGCGUCAGCUGGGCAUGAAGCUGAGCGUUGGUUUGGACCGUCAUGCACAACGUGGUUGCAAAUGUCCCGUUGUCUCCCUGGACCUUACGAAGCCGGGAUCCCGAGCCAUUCUGCUCGACCUCCUUAGGCAGCCACAUGUUGUUGCGUGCCAUUUGUCUCCGCCUGUGACCACCAGCUGUGUCGGUUUGGCGGGCCCUCGCCCAAGUGGCCUUCGCAAUGCAGCGCAUCCUGAGGGUCUGCCAGGUCUUCAAGGUGCUGAUCUUGAUUUGGUCAAUGGGGCUAAUGCCCUGUUUGCCAUGUGCGCAGAGGUCUGGCAUUUCUGUUGGAGUCAUGGGGUGUUCUGCUCCAUUGCUCACCCCAGCCGAUCCAUCAUGUGGCUCACUGCUUCACUUCGGUCUUGCCAGUCCUCUCCCUUCCUCUCUACUUCUUUGCAUCAGUGUAUGUUCGGCUCCUACAGACGAAAGGCUACCCGCCUUCUGCACACGGUUCCCUUCCUGCAGAAACUUGGUGUGACGUGUGACGGUGCCCACGCUCACGAGCCGUGGCGCUCUCCGGCGAGCAAUCGCGCCAAAGACGCUGGCCUCCCGCCUAUGCUGUGCAAAUCCUUUGCCCAGGCACUUGUGGAUCAGCUGCUUGCAUGCGGUGCGCGCGGCCCGGCGUGCUCUCUUGCCAAUGCAUCCUUGUCGCUCUCGUUGGGCGCCCGUGUGACUACAGCUGCACAACCUUCAGGUCGGAAGAUUCCUCCGCUGGUGCCUGAGUUUUCUCGCACAGUCAAAGUGUCGGGCCCAGCCGAUCAGCUGCCGUGCACCUCGAAGACCAAGCUGCUAUCGGCCUGGACAGUCCCCAAGACUGUCUUCUGCGCACCUUUUCUUUCAUCGUUGCCGGCAGGUUCCAAGUGCCUCCGAGCCAGCCCUUAUGCUCCACGGGGUAUGGCGCCUACCUCGGAGCCAGCCACCUUUGCAUCCACAUCUGAGCCAACUGCCGGUGCGGAGCCCUGCUCCUCUGCUGCUGGUGCGGAGCCCUGCUCCUCUGCUGCAGGUAUUCCUACGAUCGUCAUGGGUGUGGGUUUAGGUAGUCCCGACUCCCCUAACACCUUGUGCCGACCGGCACCUGCCCUGCCUGAGGCUGUUGAGGGUGUGGUGUUAGGUAGUCCUGAUCCCCUGGUUCCGCGGUGCCAGCCGGCCCCUGCCCUACCCUUGCCUGCAGCCAGUGCAGUCAGUGCGACUCCCAAUGUCAAGUCGGGGCUUGAAUUGCUCUUUGGCAUACCGUGGUCACCUUCGGAGUUUGUGGAGCAGGCAUGCAAUGCGAAGCACCCGCGCUCCCUAGAUCAAGGUGUGCCAAUUGGCAUGUCGGCAUGUAUUGAUCAUUUGUGCGAGCACAGCUCGGUCAUUGUGGCUAGAGAACGCACGGCUGAACUUCGCAAAUGGAUGCUUAGGAAGAAAGAGCUUGACGAGAGCUUUGACGGACCCGAACAUUGCAAGAAGAUCCUAGCUGGGAAACCCUUGAAACUCUUCGGGGAGAUGGUCAAAGCUGCUGGGCAUGCCGAUGCAAACCUGGUACGGGAUAUACAGAACGGCUUCGACUUGCUUGGUGAAAUCCCUUCCUCGUCUGUCUUGCCGAAGAAAACCACCGUGGCAUCCCUCAGCAUCGAGGACGUAAGAAUCGCCACCCCGGCGAAUCAGCGUGCGAUCUGGGAAGCUACCCGCACCUGCAGGGAUCCCGAAAUUGCUUCGGAAGUGUAUCGCCUUACCUUGGAGGAGCGGGACAAAGGGUGGCUCACUGGACCCUUCUCUCUCGCCGAUGUGCCGGAGACUGCCAUUGUUACGCGCCGCUUUGGCGUCAGGCAAGGUGUGACGACGACGGCCAACGGUGUAGCGGCAAAGAUCCGUCCGAUCGAUGACUUCACGGAAAGCUUAGCCAACUUGACGUGCACUUGUGCGGAAACAAUUGACCCGCACUCAGUGAACGUCAUUGUGGCCGGGAUCCUGAGGCGGUGCCGGCUGCUACGAAAAUCAGGGAAGGACUUUCCGCUUGCUUCUUCGUACGAUAGAUCUGCGUAA